UCCUCGGCAUUCCCUCCAGCCUCCAGCCUGUGCUCCACUGCUUUCCACUGCAAGCGCUCACGGACUCAGCACUACAGCACUACAGCACACGGACGCUAUUCGCCCUCCAGCUCUCCGCAGUCAAACACACGGCUCUUCUUAUUCAUGCGCACUGCUCUCUCUCUCUCUCUCGCGCGCGCGCUCUCUCUAUGCGGCGCCCUGGACAUUUCCCCUCCUAUUCAUUUUCCAAACGGGAGAUCAUGAUGAUGAUGAGACACCGAAAUUAAGAGCAUAACACCUUCCGGAAAAGCGACCGUAACCUCCAAGCCGCUGGAUAGACAGACGCCUUGUUCUUCAGCAAUGAAUCCUACGGACUGAACUGGCUUAUUUCCCUCCCUUUGAUGUUGAGACAAGAGAAAAGGUUGCCAUGGAAGUGAAAGAACGCAGACCCUACCGCUCUCUGACCUCCAGGCGGGACACGGAGCGCCGGUACACCAGCUCCUCCGCUGACAGCGAGGACGGCAAGCUCAACCCCAAGUCCUACAGCUCCAGCGAGACCCUCAAAGCUUUCGAUCAGGACCCCAGAUUGGCCUAUGGCAGCCGAGUCAAAGACGUGGUGCACCACGAAGCCGAUGAGUUCAGCAGGCAAGGGGUGGACUUCUCUCUCAGAGACAUGGCCUUUGGAGAUCCCGUGCCGCCCCAUAUGGCAGCGUAUAGGACAGAAAUGGGCCUUCCCCACCGCGACUACUCCGUGAGCGUGGGAUCAGACGCUGACACAGAAACGGACGGCAUCAUUUCCCCCGAGCACGCCGUCCGACUCUGGGGCCGGAGCAACACCAAAUCCGGCCGGAGCUCCUGCCUCUCCAGCAGAGCCAACUCUAACCUCACCCUCACUGACACCGAGCAUGAAAAUACAGAAAACGGUCCUCCUCUUCAUUGCUCAUCUGCCUCCUCUUCCCCUGUCGACUCCCCUUACCCUCCCCCUCUUCAUGCAGCCAAUCAGAGCCAGGGAAGGUUGCUAGGUAACAGCGGGGCUCAGGCCGGCCGGGACUCUGAGUCAGAAGAUGAGUUUGGCCCCAAUUCAUUCUUAGUUAAAACCGGCUCAGGGAACGUCUGCGCUCCGGUCACUGCAACUCCUAACGAGGGCUCGUUCCAGAGCCACUCCCGGUUGCGAACGCCACCGCUGCCCCUGUCACACUCCCAUUCCCCCAGUCAGCACCACACCGCCUCCAUUGGCUCUCUGAGCCACAGCAACUACACCCAGCGCAGUAACCCGAGCCCGGCACCCACCGAUAGCUCGGCUCCCAAUGAGGGGCCUACAAGUGCCCAGGACUCAGGCAGUGCCCAGGACAACUGGCUUCUCAACAGCAACGUUCCUCUAGAGACCAGGAGCCAGAAUACUCUAAUGUUUAUCAGAGAAGAACAGGACGCUUGCAGAGAGGGGCAUGGGUCGUACAACACAAGAAACAUAGCAAAGCAGACAUUCCUAGAGACUUUACAGGACAACUUUAUAGAGAUGGACAUACUGGCCACAGCUCGCCACGACGGCGCUUACACUGAUGGACACUUUCUGUUCAAGCCUGGCGGGACCUCGCCCUUGUACUGCACAACUUCUCCCGGCUACCCUUUGACGUCCAGCACGGUAUACUCGCCUCCACCCCGGCCCCUGCCACGGAACACCUUCUCACGGCCUGCCUUCAGCUUGAAGAAACCCUAUAAGCACUGCAACUGGAAAUGUGCUGCCCUCAGUGCCAUCCUCAUCUCCGUCACCCUGGUGUUCCUCUUGGCCUACUUUAUUGCCAUGCACCUCUUCGGACUCAACUGGCAUUUACAGCCAAUGCAGAGGCAGAUUUACCAGCUGACGGAGGACAACACGAGUGGCCUUCAUCUGCCCACAGAUCUGGGCUUGCCGCCUCUGGGCAACACGGGUCUAGAGUUUCCAGAUCGAGGAAGCAAAGAUGAUGGUAAACUAGAUGGCUUUUUCCCGGAGGACAGCUUCAUAGACAUGGGCGAGAUAGACGUGGGCCGCAAAGUCGCUCAGCUGAUCCCGCCUGGAAUCUUCUGGAGGUCGCAGGUCUUCAUCGACCACCCCAUGUACCUCAAAUUUAAUGUGUCUCUUAGUAAAGAUGCCUUGGUGGGGAUCUACGGGAGAAGAGGCCUGCCUCCGUCGCACACACAGUUUGACUUUGUGGAGCUGUUGGAUGGCCGUCGACUCCUGUCGCAAGGGUUUCCAGGUCUCGAGGGUCCUCCUUUUCCAGCCCAGCAGCGGAGCCUGGUGCCACUCACUAGUCACGAUACAGGCUUUAUACAGUACAUGGACUCGGGUAUCUGGCACUUGGCUAUAUACAAUGAUGGGAAGGAGACGGAGCAGGUGUCCUUUCUAACAACUGCAAUCGACUCUAUCGAUGACUGUCCUAGUAACUGUUUUGGAAAUGGAGACUGUGUGGCUGGAAACUGCCACUGUUUUCCUGGCUUUAGAGGACCCGACUGCAGCAGAGCGUCCUGUCCGGUGCUUUGCAGUGGGAACGGUCAGUACCUCAAAGGCCGCUGCAUGUGUCACAGCGGUUGGAAAGGAUCCGAAUGUGAUGUUCCUACUAACCAGUGCAUCGACAUUACCUGCAGCGGACAUGGCACAUGCAUUGUGGGAACUUGCAUCUGUAAUCCAGGCUACAAAGGGGAGAACUGCGAAGAAGUGGACUGCCUGGACCCGACCUGCUCAGGGAGAGGUGUCUGUGUACGUGGAGAGUGCCACUGUUUUGUAGGUUGGGGGGGUCCUGGAUGCGAAAGUCCACGUGCUUCAUGUAUGGAGCAGUGCUCUGGACACGGGACCUUCUUGGCUGACACCAACACUUGUAACUGUGACCCCAACUGGACCGGUCACGACUGCUCCACAGAGCUGUGCGCAGCGGACUGUGGUGGACAUGGCAUCUGUGUGGCGGGAAGCUGUCGCUGCGACGAGGGCUGGAUGGGCGCCGGGUGCGAACAACGGGCUUGUCACCCGCGCUGCAGCGAACACGGGACCUGCAAGGACGGGAAGUGUGAAUGCAGCCCGGGAUGGAACGGAGAACACUGCACCAUCGCUCACUAUCUGGAUAAGGUAGUGAAAGAGGGCUGUCCUGGUCUGUGCAAUGGUAACGGCAGAUGCACACUGGGUAAUAAUGGCUGGUACUGCGUUUGUCAGCUGGGCUGGCGGGGAGCAGGCUGCGACACAUCAAUGGAGACAGCCUGCAGUGACAGCAAGGACAAUGACGGAGAUGGGUUGACAGACUGCAUGGACCCAGACUGCUGUUUGCAGGCAUCAUGUCAUGCUACCGCUCUGUGUAUGGGCUCUCCUGAUCCACUGGACAUCAUCCAAGAAACGCAGAUCUCUUCCAGUCUAAGAACCCUGCAGUCCUUCUACCAGCGUGUCCGCUUCCUGGUGGGCCGGGACAGCACCCACGUCGUCCCUGGCACCAACCCCUUCGAUGGCAUUCAUGCCUGUGUUAUCCGGGGACAAGUGGUGACUUCAGAUGGGACUCCUCUGGUCGGUGUAAAUAUCAGCUUCAUUAACAAACCAGCCAAUGGGUAUACCAUCACCAGACAGGAUGGCAGCUUCGACCUGGUGAGUAACGGGGGCGUGGCUGUAGCGUUGAGGUUUGAGCGCGCUCCGUUCAUCACUCAGGAGCACACCUUGUGGCUGCCAUGGGGACGUUUCUUCGUCAUGGACACCAUUGUAAUGCGACACGAGGUCAAUGACAUCCCAAGCUGCGACCUGAGCAGCUUCACCCGUCCCAUGCCUAUCGUCCUGCCUGCCCCGCUGACGGCGUUCGCCGGGACCUGCAAAGAGAGAGGCAUCGUCGUUCCAGAGAUUCAGACCCUCCAAGAGGAGGUGCGGAUCCCAGGUACAGACGUGCGUUUGGGCUACCUGAGCAGCCGGACGUCGGGGUAUAAGUCCCUCCUGAGGAUCACCCUCACCCACUCCACCAUCCCGUUCAGCCUGAUGAAGGUGCACCUCAUGGUGGCCGUCGAGGGAAGGCUCUUCAGGAAGUGGUUCUCAGCUGCGCCCAACCUCUCCUACGACUUUGUCUGGGACAAAGCAGACGUCUACAGCCAGAAAGUUUAUGGGCUGUCUGAGGCUUUUGUGUCUGUGGGUUUUGAGUACGAAUCCUGCCCGGAUCUGAUCCUCUGGGAGAAGCGGACAGCCGUCCUCCAGGGAUACGAGACUAUUGCGUCCAACCUUGGCGGCUGGAGCGUGGACAAACAUCACGCGCUGAACAUCCAAAGUGGUAUCCUGCACAAGGGUAACGGCGAGAACAUCUUCAUUUCCCAGCAGCCCCCGGUCAUCGGAAGCAUCAUGGGUAACGGGCGAAGGCGCAGUAUCUCCUGUCCGAGCUGCAACGGGCUGGCGGACGGAAAUAAGCUGCUCGCACCUGUAGCUUUAGCCUGUGGGUCGGAUGGCAGUCUGUACGUGGGGGAUUUCAACUACGUCCGUCGGAUCUUCACCACAGGAAAUGUCACGAGUGUCUUAGAGCUCAGAAAUAAAGAUUUCAGGCAUAGCAAUAGCCCUGCACACAAAUAUUACCUGGCUACUAGUCCCGUUUCGGGAGCCCUGUACCUUUCGGACACCAGCAGCAGGAAGGUGUUUAAGGUGAAGUCUCUGAACACAGUGAAGGAUGUGGCAAAGAACCUCGAGCUGGUGGCAGGCACAGGCGAUCAAUGUCUACCCUACGACGAGACGCGCUGCGGGGACGGAGGCAAGGCCGUGGAAGCCACACUUACAAACCCUAGAGGCAUUACAGUGGAUAAGUAUGGCGUGAUCUUCUUUGUAGACGGCACCAUGAUCCGCCGCAUCGAUCAGAACGGUAUCAUAUCCACCCUGCUGGGCUUCAACGACUUGACCUCGGCACGACCCCUGAGCUGUGACUCUGUGAUGGACAUCUCACAGGUGCGUCUAGAAUGGCCCACUGACCUGGCCGUCAGCCCGAUGGACAAUUCCCUUUAUGUGCUGGACAACAACGUGGUCCUGCAGAUCUCAGAGAACCAUCAAGUGAGGAUUGUGGCAGGGAGGCCGAUGCACUGCCAGGUCCCCGGACUGGAUCACUUUCUAGUCAGCAAAGUCGCCAUCCACGCCACCUUGGAAUCCGCCAAUGCUCUCGCUGUCUCCCAUAAUGGCUUGCUUUACAUCGCCGAGUCGGACGAGAAAAAGAUCAACCGUGUCCGACAGGUCUCAACGAAUGGGGAGAUCUCUCUGGUCGCCGGUGCCCCUAGUGGCUGCGACUGCAAGAACGACGCUAACUGCGACUGCUAUUCGGGUGACGACGGCUACGCCAAAGACGCCAAGCUAAACGGACCCUCUUCGUUGGCGGUUUCACCCGAUGGAGAGCUCUUCAUCGCUGACCUGGGUAACAUACGUAUCCGAUAUGUCAGGAGGAAUAAAGCAUUUCUCAACCCGCUCAACAUGUAUGAGGUUUCUUCGCCGAUUGAUGACGAACUCUACCUGUUUGACGUGAACGGUAGUCACAUCUACACUCAGAGCCUGACCACUGGAGACUACUUGUACAACUUGACCUACUCUGGCGAAGGUGACCUGAGCAGCCUCACGGACAAGAAUAAGAACAAAGUGACCAUUCGGAGAGACACAACGGGAUUGCCGCUCUGGAUGAUGGGUCCUGAUGGCCAGACGUUCUGGUUCACUAUUGGAACUAAUAAUGCGCUGAAGAGUGUUGCUGCCCAGGGUCAAGAGAUAGCCAUGAUGACUUAUCAUGGAAGCUCAGGUCUGCUGGCCACAAAAAGCAAUGAAGAUGGAUGGACUAGCUUCUAUGAGUAUGACAACUAUGGGCGUCUGACAAACAUGACCUACCCCACAGGCAGGGUGAGUAGUUACCGGACUGAUUCAGACAGCACUGUGCGGGUGCAAACCGAGGGCUCCAACAAAGAGGACAUCACAGUCACCACCAACCUCUCGGCCUCAGGAACCUUCUACACACUCAUGCAAGAUCAAGUCAAAAACAGUUACUACAUUGGUCUGGAUGGCUCCUUGCGUCUGGUAUUGGCCAACGGCAUGGAAGUGUCUCUUCACACGGAGCCUCACCUGCUGUCAGGAACAGUCAACCCAACCAUAAGCAAGAGAAAUGUUACUCUGCCCAUCGACAAUGGACUCAACCUAGUGGAAUGGAGACAACGCAAAGAACAGGCUCGAGGACAGGUCACAGUGUAUGGACGCAGACUCAGGGUUCAUAACAGGAACUUGUUAUCCAUGGAUUUUGACCGUGUAACCAGGACCGAGAAAGUCUAUGAUGACCACAGGAAGUUCACCCUAAGGAUCCACUAUGACCAUGCCGGAAGACCUACAUUGUGGGCUCCAAGUAGUCGGCUAAACGGUGUUAAUGUAACCUACUCACCUGGCGGCCACAUCGCCGGCAUCCAGAGGGGCACUAUGUCGGUCCGAAUGGAAUAUGACCAAAAUGGGAGAAUCAUCUCAAAGAUAUUUGCAGAUGGAAAGUCAUGGAGCUACACAUACCUUGAAAAAUCCAUGGUGCUGCUGCUAUACAGCCAGCGGCAAUACAUCUUCGAGUUUGACAAGAAUGACCGGCUCUCUUCAGUAACCAUGCCCAAUGUGGCCAGACAGACCUUGGAGACCACCCGUUCCGUUGGCUAUUACAGAAACACAUACAGACCACCUGAGGGCAAUGCCACAGUUUUGCAAGAUUACAGCGAAGAAGGACUGCUUCUGCAAACCAUCCACCAAGGAACGGGGCGUAGAGUCAUCUAUAAGUAUGGGAAACUCUCCCGUCUGCUAGAAAUACUUUACGAUACAACACGGAUCGCCUUUUCUUACGAUGAAUCUGCAGGCAUGCUGAAAACCGUGGGGCUUCAAAGCGAUGGCUUUGCGUGUACCAUACGCUACAGGCAGAUUGGACCGCUCAUCGACAGACAGAUCUUUCGUUUCAGUGAGGAGGGCAUGGUGAACGCCCGGUUCGACUACAACUACGACAACAGCUUCCGGGUCACCAGCAUGCAAGCAGUCAUCAAUGAAACCCCCUUGCCCAUUGACCUCUAUCGCUACGAUGAUGUCUCAGGCAAAACGGAGCAGUUUGGCAAGUUUGGAGUAAUCUACUAUGAUAUUAACCAGAUCAUUACCACAGCUGUCAUGACCCACACAAAACACUUUGAUGCCUAUGGACGAGUUAAAGAGGUACAGUAUGAGAUUUUCCGUUCGCUGAUGUAUUGGAUGAUGGUACAGUACGACAACAUGGGGCGAGUGGUGGCAAAGGAGCUUAAAGUCGGGCCCUAUGCAAAUACCACCCGUUACACAUACGAGUACGAUGCUGAUGGCCAACUCCAGGUGGUGUCCAUCAACGACAAGCCUCUCUGGCGUUACAGCUAUGACCUGAAUGGAAAUUUGCACCUCCUUAGUCCCGGUAAUAGUGCCAGACUUACACCACUACGCUACGAUAUUCGGGACCGCAUUACUCGACUAGGUGACGUUCAGUACCGGUUGGACGAGGAUGGAUUCCUCAGGCAGAGAGGCAAUGAUUUCUUUGAGUAUAACUCUGCCGGGUUGCUUGUUAAAGUCUACAACAAAGUUAACGGAUGGACCAUCAAGUACCGCUAUGAUGGCUUGGGCAGGAGAGUUUCCAGUCGAAGUAGCCAAGGCCACCAUCUGCAAUUCUUCUACGCAGACUUGUCCAGUCCCACCAGAGUCACGCACAUGUACAAUCACUCAAGCUCAGAGAUCACCUCGCUCUACUAUGACCUUCAGGGCCACCUCUUUGCCAUGGAGUUGAGCAGUGGGGAUGAGUUCUACGUGGCCUGCGACAACAUUGGUACACCGUUGGCCGUAUUCAGUGGUGCCGGUCUCAUGAUCAAACAGAUCCUGCACACAGCUUUUGGGGAGGUGUAUUUGGACUCCAACCCAAGCUUCCAGCUAGUGAUAGGCUACCAGGGUGGCCUUUAUGAGCCCCUUACAAAGCUUGUCCACAUGGGCCGCAGAGAUUACGAUGUUCUUGCAGGCCGAUGGACCAUACCUGACAUUGAUGUUUGGAAGCGGCUCAACAGCAACAACAUUGUGCCCUUCAACCUCUACAUGUUUAAGAACAACAACCCCCUGAGCAACACCCAAGAAACCAAGUGCUAUAUGACAGAUGUUAACAGCUGGCUAGUGACGUUUGGUUUCCAGCUAUACAAUGUCAUCCCUGGCUACCACAAACCUGUCACGGACGCCAUGGAGCCGUCUUACGAGCUCAUUCACACUCAGAUAAAGACUCAAGAGUGGGAUAGCACCAAGUCCAUUCUGGGGGUACAAUGUGAAGUCCAGAGGCAGCUGAAGUCUUUCGUCCGACUGGAGCGUUUUGGCCAGAUCUACGGAGCGAGUGAUUCCGGCUGCCCUCAAACCCCUCUCUACACGCUCUUCGCCACAGGGGGGUCGCUCUUCGGGAAAGGUGUGAAAGUAGCCAUCCGGGAGGGCCGUGUUUCUGCUGACAUCAUCAGCCUGGCCAACGAGGACGGCCGGCGGAUCGCUGCAGUCCUAGACAAGGCAACCUAUCUGCAGGAUUUACACUUCACCAUUGCGGGAUUGGACACGCACUACUUUGUCAAAUCGGGACCGGUAGAGGGAGACCUAUCUCUGCUGGGAAUGACGGUGGGCCAGCGCACGCUGGAGACGGGCGUUAACGUAACCGUCUCGCAGGUCAACACGGUCCUCGGCGGGCGUUCGCGCCGGAUAACCGACGUCCAGCUGCAGUACGGGUCACUGAGCCUCAACGUCCGCUACGGCAGCGGUCAGGACGAAGAGAAGGUGCGCGUACUGGAACUGGCGCGUCAGAGGGCCGUCGCUACCGCGUGGGCUCGCGAACGCCACAGACUCCGGCAAGGAGAAGAGGGCUCUCGAGUUUGGACGGACGGCGAGAGGCAGCAGCUCCUGAGCGCGGGACGCGUGCAGGGCUACGAGGGCUUCUACAUAGUGUCGGUCGAUCAGUUCCCCGAGUUGGCCGACAACGUAAAUAACGUCCACUUCUUGCGACAGACUGAGAUGGGUCGCAGGUGACAUGAACGCAAGGGGAACCCGUGCUCGGACUCAGCGUCCGGGACUUCUUGCCAAAGACAAGUUUCGUUUGUGACCAUAUUAUGUUACUUUAUUUUUAUGUUGACUGUGCCAGACUUAUUUUUUUUAAUACAUGACGUACAUGGUUGCAAACAGUUGCACUGUUUCGACAGCAGAGUGCCCUUCUCUCUUUUGGUAAUUCUUAAACCCUCUUCGUCCUGCUAGAAGACGGCGUAU